AAUAGAAGUGAAUGAGUAAGGGAUGCUUAGAAGUGUAAUAUUACAGUCACUGUAGUCUUAAAGGAUACCAUGCAGACAUGCAAAGAGAACUACUGAACUGCAGAUACUUGUAGACUGCAAGUUUGAAAUUAUUUGACCAAAAAUACAUUUACAAUUACACAGUGGCAGAAAAGUAACAAGCGUUUCAUAAACAAGCAAAUUGACACACCGUAGCCUUUAAUUAUCUGUGUGCUGUCUUUGUCCGAGAAACACCAACAUCACACGUUUUAAUUAUUUUGUUUAUCAAAACAAUAGCAGUUCAUUGUAAUUUCCUCUCAAGAAAAUAAAAAAAGUGUCUUGUUUAAAAUGGGAGGGGAGUAACAGAAACGGCCUAGGACACCGGGUAGAAUUUUGCAUUUGGAGCAGGAGAAAGGCAGUCGGAGGAGGCGGAGUGUGACGGAAGCUUGGCUCGGCGAGUUGCUGGCUAUCUUCGCGUGAGACAAGCUGGAGAGCGCGGCGGGGUUUUAUUGACGACUGUCAAGAGGUGCUCGGGGACGGAAAGACUUUGUUGUUUAGUAGUAACCUACUAUAAACGCUGUAUGAAACACCGGGCUAUGGAGUGAAGAUGGCUGGCGAGGGGAGCAUCUUGCUCAAAGCUUUGGACAGAACAGCGUCCCAAAAAGAUGGCGGUUUUAAAAACCGAUGGAGCUUCAGCCAGUCUGAUGUUGACAACAAUACAACAGAAAAAGAUGAAGCCAAUCUACUGAGUGUAGAUGAUGAAAGUGAUGAGGCAUGUAGUGAAGAUGAAGCGCUGAAGUUGCACACUGGUUAUCACCUGGACCCUAGUCGCCUUUCCAGUGAGUCCUUAAAAACUUAUGAAAGGCGGAAAUAUGGAAUGUUUAGGAGUCUGAAAGGAAAUCCUAUUGGUCUCAACAUGCUAGGAAGUAGUAAAAAACUCAGUGAAAAUGUACAAGCGGUUUCCCUGUCUCCUGGAACUGUGGUGCAGGGGAGGAUUUUUCACCAUGUCAGUGCACCAGUAUCUGUUGUAAAGACAGCAGCUCAAAGCAGUCUCAACCAAAAGGAAAGGAAGGAAUAUCCUAGUGUACAGAAGACAGACUCUGAUCACAGUGUAUUACAGUAUCCCAAAGGAUCAGUGAAUUUCUCAGAGAAUGCAAAACUAGUGCGAGUGGAGUCUGAUGUAAAGAGAAAGAUUCAGACAAAACGUAGACAUGAUGACCAGCUGCCAGAUAUGCAUUUGUCUCCCAUUACAAGAAAGAGUACAGAGCGAAUAGAGGGGCAGCUUACCAGUGAAAUGAAUGUAGUAUGUGAGCAGUGUGGCAAGAAAACUGAAAGUAUCACAAAGUGUCAAAACUGUCGGAAAGCUGUAAGUUUCACUGAAUCUGUUGGAUCUCUGCAAAGGUCACCAAUUCAUUUGAAGUCUUCACUGCAGCAGGACUCUUUGAAUGCAGGAUUUAAUACAAAGUCUUUCUACAACUGUAAGGAUAUAGCAGUAAGUCCAGUUACUGCUAACAGUGUGUUACAGCAGAACGGAAAAGUAAUUAUGUCAGUUGCUCCAUCAACUUUAAAUAGGACUGCAAGAACUGUUAAGUCAGUAGUUGCAAAGCCUUUGCAUCUAAAUGAUCCAAUUGUGUUAUCCAGCGAUGAGGAGGAAGAAAACGGUGACAGUUUCAGCACUGAAAAUACAAAUAAAAUGGACAGUGUUUCACCUUCACCUGUUGAUUCAAGAUUACCAUCUCCAGGACUUCCUAUUGGAUCGCCAGAGACCAUAUUUAAGGAACAUUUUUCUGAUUUGGACACUUUAGAUAGUAUUACUCUGGAGAAGGAAUCUAAAAUAAUUUUACCCAGGAAAGCAAGAAUGAAGGACCAGUUUGGGAAUCCUGUAACUGAAGUACAAAGCAAACGUCGCAAAGUUAAUCAUCAACAGCAGCAACAGAAUCCGAGUAAUUCUGCACCUUCAUCGAGUAAAAUGGAAAGUAUCAUUCUUGAAUGUCGAAGUGUACGGAUAGGAACAAUGCGCCGAAUGGUUUCAGAACCAAUAGUUGGUCAGUUAGUGAGUCUUGCAGUAUUAGAAUAGACACUUCCAUGCUUACUAAAUGUGAAUGGUGCAGCACUCGUAAGCUACCAGUAGUGUUUUUGCAGACCACAUCAGACUUCUGCUCGAAACUGCAAGCCCAGCUCAAAAUGGACAGAGAGGAUGGUGUUUGGUUUGAUAGUAAUGCAGCUAAUAAAGAAGAACGUUAUAUAAUCCUAAUAUUUGAGAAUGGUCCAGAUGUUAGUGAAAAUUCUAUACUGGAACAUAUUCUCACUGAAAUUGGCUUAAAAAAUAAUAUUCCUGACUUAUUUGUGAAACUUCCUUUUGAAGAUGCUAAUAAUAGACUUGUUGCAUUUACUAAACAAUUUGAAGAAAACAUCAAAAGCCCAGCUCAAAAGGACAGCAAGGUGGCAAGUGAAUCUCGAACACAUCUUCGCAGCAUUCCAGCACAGUUGCAGUUUUUUGAUGAUGAAAAGGAAGUUGAAGAUUCACAUACAGUGUUUACAGGUCCUGUUGUAAAAUUAAUAGUUUAUCCUCCUCCUCCAUCCAAGGGUGGGAUAUCUGUAACCAAUGAAGAUCUCCAUUGUCUAACUGAAGGCGAAUUUUUAAAUGACGUUAUCAUAGAUUUCUAUUUAAAGUAUUUGGUUUUAGAAAAAUUAAAAAAGCAAGAUGCAGAAAGAAUACAUAUAUUUAGUUCCUUUUUCUACAAACGGUUAAAUCAGAGAGAGAGAAGAAACUUACAAGAAACUGCAAACUUGUCCUUACCACAGAAACGACAUGGGAGAGUAAAAACAUGGACGCGGCAUGUUGACCUUUUUCAGAAGGACUUCAUUUUUGUUCCUAUCAAUGAAGCUGCACAUUGGUUUUUGGCUGUGAUCUGUUUCUCGGGAUUUGAUAGUCCAACAUUUGUACCAAACCCUCUUUAUCAAGAAAAUGGAGCUCAACAACAAAGCAGCACUACUGUCUCCACAACGACCACAGAACAGGAAUGUAGGUUGGCUUUACCCAGCAAAGUAGACAAUUUAUUGCAGACCUCUCCACUGAGGUCUGUGGUAAAGACUUCACAGAAAACAUACAGCAAAGCAUCAAACUUGUUAUUUGUUGACUCAAGUGCUGAGAGUGAACAGGAGGACAUGCGUUUACCUAGCAGUAAAAAUUUUACUGGAAGGUCCCCAGCAAGCAGAGUUUCACCAGUGGAUUGUAAUGUUGGCAGCCCACAGUCUGCAGGCCAGAAGACUGAAAAUAGGACUAAAUAUGAAAAUGGCAUGCAGGACAACAGGUCAACAGCUAUAGUUACACCAAAGGAUGGUUUACACAGUAUAAGACUAAACUACAGUGAUGAACCAGCAGACACAGUUAAGACCAAAGGAGAGGAUUUCAUCGAUUUUUCUGAUGAAGAUUCAGACAGCCAGGACGAAGGCAUAGAUGAUGGUCCUUUUGCUGAAGAUAUUUUCAGUCCUGAAAAUGGACAGUGGCACUUACGACCAACUGUGUGCAAACAGCCUUGUAUUCUUAUUAUGGAUUCUUUGAGAGGUCCUUCCAGAUCAAAUGUCGUAAGGACUCUUAGAGAGUAUCUUGAAAUAGAAUGGGAAGUAAGGAAAGGAAGUAAAAGAAGUUUCUCCAAAGAAGUUAUGAAGGGUUCAAAUCCUCGGGUGCCUCAGCAGGACAACUUUAGUGAUUGUGGAGUUUAUGUAUUACAGUACGUUGAAAGUUUUUUUGAAUAUCCCAUUCCAAGCUUUGAACUACCAAUGAACUUAACCAACUGGUUUCCUCAGCAAAGAGUGAAAAAGAAGCGGGAAGAAAUUAGGGAUUUAAUUCUCAAACUUCAAGAACAGAGUGAACAGAAGAAAUGCCAGAAAGACUUGAGCACAACAGAAACCUUUGCACAGCAGGGAUCAGAUCUGUCCAACAGCAGCAGCUUAGACUGAAAUGUGUGUUUCUGUUGCAUGCUAGUGCUGCUAAUGUUAUUUUAGAUUUUCUGUUCAUUUUAGAGAGAGAAAGAGAGACUGCACAAGAGAAGAAAGAAUGCAGCCUGCUGCAGAUGUGUUUUGGGGAACAGUGAUUUCUGUAUACAGACAUUUCAUCAGAUUUUAUCAGUUCCCAAAUGAAAUUUGUGUAUUACACAAUGAGAAUGUGUACAUAUGUUAAUGAAGCAGAUAUUUUCAGCAUUUGUAAUUAAUUUCUUUCACUUAUUAGGAAGCUUUGUUAUGUAUUUCUGUUGAUAGAAGAGAAGUAGUUACAUACUUGAGGAAAAUAAAUGGAAAUAUUUAUAAUAAUUAAUGAUUUACACCUUCUGUCAGCAGCAUGAAGAGCUAAGCUUUUCAGCACUGGUUUUAUAUCCUGUAUUUGUUUUUUCUGUUGUAGAUUUUGCAGUCACAUCUUUAAGUAAGCAGAAGUGUAUCUUGCUGAGUUUGAGGUGGUUGUCAAAUUCCAGGACUGACUUCAUGUACAUAACUGCCUCAGUAAUUCAGCUAGAUUUGACGACUGGGAAGAAAAGAAAGAUAAACUUAUUGCUGACCAGACCUGUCAUUUAUUAUAUUGUAGAGCAGUACAUCUUAAAUAUUCAUAUUCAUUCCAGAUAGGAAGCAAAUGUUUCUCCUUUGCAAGUUAUCUUCACAUUUAUUUUCAUUGAUUUAUUUCCUACUUUGGUUUUGCUUAUUUUUGUUUGCUUUACUUUUGUUAAUAUUAAUUUCCUUGCCAAAUUUUUCUCUUGUCAGUAUAAAUGCUACAUUGGCACUCCUUUGCAAAGGGCAAUUGGCCCACUCUGUGAAGUCAAAAACAUAAUAAACUAAAUACACAAGCUAA